AACAUCUUUGUUGACAGAAUCAACAACUGUUAUUGAUUCUGUCAACAAAGUCUUUUACAACAAUCAACACAUCAGCCAUAGAGUUUGGUCCACGAAAAAGAAUCUUUGGCGAUGUUCCGUCACUUCCGGUUUGUCCUUUCCGCGUUUGGCUUUAAGGCUCCUCUUCGUAGACUCACUCAUACUGCCAUUCUCAGUAAUAUGAUUGACUGGCAUCAGUUGGCUGCGGUCCAAACAAGGGUUGACAUUGGGUUGAACUUUUUUGCGGUCUCUGAUGAUGAUAACCGUCCAAUCAUCAGUUUCCUCAAAGAAGAAUUCUGUUCUGUUGCUGGUGAGCUUUUCGGUGGUGAAGGUACUGUUUCCGAGUGUCAAAACAUGUGUCUUGGCCGUUUCGGUGGCAUGAGCGGCACUAAUCCCGCUCCAGGCAUUAAUGAAGCUUGGAAGGUCAUAAUGUACAACGAUAUAAAGAUCCCGUUCACCAGAGCAAGACCAGGUUUCAACGGUUCCGUCGGUGAGGACUGGUCCCCUUCCAAGUCUCGGGAUACGAUCAACCACGCGUCUGGUCACUGGAGACAAGGGAUUAACUUCUACGAACGUUGCCUGAAUGAGCAUCAGGAGACGCAGUUCACGUCUCGUUUGGAGGUUCGUGUAAGUGCGGCGGAUGUGGGCGACAUACUCGUUAGCAAAUUAAUGGAUGGGCUGCAUCUAACAUUUUCUUUUUAUUUAAAGCCGCCUUCAAUCGAACGGUGCGUUUAUCCAUUUCUUUGUCGACGAGUAUCUCGCCUAUGUCCGCGAGUUGCUAAAUCUCACCUCCGAGAUCAUGGUCUCCUUGAGCCGGGAUAUCCAAUUACCUGCGGUGUCUGGCUUUGCGUUCUGCGUUUUUCUUCUGAACAGUCUUAUGCAUCCGGAGGACCUUAUUCAAACUUCACUUCACCCAUUGUUGGCUAUUUGGGGUAUUUUUUUUGUAAACGAAAACCAUCAUUGAUGUCUAUGGAACAUAAAGACGAUGCAACUAUACAAAAAUUAUACAGAAUUGCUAGAGAGCUGAUGGAGAAAGAAAACAUAGAAAAAUCCAUUGCAUCCGAUUUACUUGACGUUUGUGAUGAGACAAGCUCACAAUUCCAAAAACUCAUUUCUUACGUUGACUACUUCCAGUCUGGUGCUCACUUUCAUAACUACUUUAUUAUUAACAUCGUUGUUAAUAACCUCUAUCUGUCUUAUCCUUUAAGAACUAUUACUAGUGCUUUAGCACCAGAUAGUCUACUUAAAAAACGCGCAAUAGCCUACGCAGACAAUGGAAUCAUGUAUGCAAGUACUUGUAACCGUAAUUAUUUUAAAAAAGACGACCCAUGUGUAUCACCGAUGCCGGCACCUUUGGAAUUACACGAAGCAACGCUACAACAAAUCAAUGAGACUGAGAUCAACCAUGACAACACGGAUGACAUUUGA